ACAGACGCGCUUCCUCUAUAGAAAAGGCUCUGAGCGAAGAACAUCGCAAGCUCGAGCCUCAAAUAAAAGCAUCAAAAUAUCAGAGCUAGACUUUCAACGGCGGAUUAAACGACAUCUAACAGCUUUCUAAAUACCUCGACACCACACAUCACAUCAUGCCUCAGAACGAGCACAUCGAGUUGCACCGCAAGCGUCAUGGCUACCGUCUGGACCACCACGAGAAGAAGAGGAAGAAGGAGAGCCGCGAGGCGCACGAGAGAUCGCACAAAGCCAGGAAGAUGAUCGGCCUCAAAGCCAAACUCUACCACAAACAGAGACACGCCGAGAAGAUCCAGAUGAAGAAGACCAUUAAGAUGCACGAGCAGAGGAAGAGCAAACAGAAGGAUGACGACAAGACUCCGGAAGGGGCAGUGCCUGCUUACCUGCUGGACAGAGAGGGCCAAUCACGCGCCAAAGUCCUGUCCAACAUGAUCAAACAGAAGAGGAAAGAGAAAGCUGGAAAGUGGGAGGUUCCUCUCCCGAAGGUCCGAGCGCAGGGCGAAACCGAGGUUCUGAAGGUCAUCCGCACAGGAAAGAGACAGAAAAAGGCCUGGAAGAGGAUGGUGACCAAAGUCUGCUUCGUGGGAGAUGGAUUCACGCGCAAACCUCCCAAAUAUGAGCGCUUCAUCAGACCCAUGGGUCUGAGGUUCAAGAAGGCACAUGUCACUCAUCCUGAACUGAAAGCCACGUUCUGUUUGCCCAUCCUGGGUGUGAAGAAGAACCCCUCCUCCUCCCUCUACACCACUCUAGGGGUCAUCACCAAGGGAACGGUCAUCGAGGUCAACGUCAGCGAGCUCGGAUUGGUCACACAGGGCGGGAAGGUCAUCUGGGGUAAAUACGCCCAAGUGACGAAUAACCCCGAAAACGACGGCUGCAUCAACGCGGUGUUGCUUGUGUAACGGAGAGCUGAUAGAAGUGUGCCUCCAGAUUCAGCCGGGAGCAGCGCCGGUGUGGAAAUUAUAAAAGAAGAGUUUUGUCUUCACCUCUGGACCCAAAGCUCACAAGAACAUGUGGAUCGGAAAUAAAGUGCUGUUUGUUUUCAAAUUUAAUGUUCAGCCGCUUUUAUAUUCGUGAGUGGUUCUGCGUUUGGAGAGCAGCCGAAAAACUGCGACGUCGUCACGGCAACCGAUCCUUCAGACGCCAUUAAAAAAAAAAAGCAAUCAUUUACAGAGUUAUUAUUUUAGGUGAGGUUUGAGAUGUGACAAAUACGGCACUAAACGGAAAACCAAAUGAUCAUGAUUUUGUAAUUACGCUGAAAAUUCUAGACAGCUUUUUUUUAUAUUCUGUUAUUUUCUAGGAUUGAUGCGUCUCGGUAAUGAAGCUAAUAAUUUUACAGCUCCUCGAACGCAAAUAAAAAGCUACAGAAAUGGC